AUGGACCCGAUCCCAGGACCAGAUUGGUUUCACGUUCCCCUACCAUGGCCGCUCAGUUACUUCCCAUCGAUCUUCCGGUUCCUUUCGCUCGUCUAUAUCGCCCCUAUCAUCCUCUUGUCCGUCAUCGAUGUCGGAGGAUAUUUGCUUUUUAAACUGUUUUAUAAACCAUUCGGCAAUUACCCGAUGUACUCCUAUUUUAAGCAAGCGCCACCAAGAGAGGAUGGAGAUUCAGAGCCGAAUUCACCGCGUAUGAAAGAGGGGAAGACGGUGAGAAGGGAGUGUACAUCGUCGUCCUCAGAGGCGUCCUCGACGCUAUCAUCUCCGAUGAUCCAACCCACCAUCAGACUCGACUCGGGCCCCUUUGGUUUGGCCAACGAGGACGAAGACAGCCAUCAACCCGUCCCACUCCAACGUAGGAAUUCCUCUCUCCGCCGCAGAGGCUCUAAGAAGAGCAAGAAAACCGACCAGGCCGAGGCUCAUAGACAUCUUAUCGGCUUCGAAGGCCCCAUGUUGGACUUCAAAAGCCCCACCGCUUCAGAUUACGAAGAAUAG